CAACUUCAAACCGAUAGAUGUCGCUGUAGCGCGAUGCGCUGAAUAGCUUACGUGACUCCAUUACAUUUGACGUUUGCUAUAGCCAAAUUUUGACAGCGACUGCAUUGUAAAAAAAUUUUUAAGCGGACUUUUUUGUUUUCACAAAAUAUACUUAGGAGUAAAGUUAAGGAUACGCCAUGAAUUCGGCGACGAAAGUUGGCGAAAUUUUUACCGCCGCUGGACAAGCGUUUAGUCGUUUAGGUGAUUUAACAAUGCAACUACAUCCGAAUGCAGAAUCACCAUCAGGGAAGUGGACUGAUGAGGAGAUAAAUAUGCUACAUUCGUCAAUAAUACGUUUUUCGGACGAUCUGAAUAAAAUAAGUUUGAGCAUUAAAAAUCGGACGGUCUCUCAAAUACGACAAGCGCUUAAGAAGAAAGCUUUCGAAGAUGCUGGCAUACCAGCGAAACAGGUGCCUGUGCAGCAAGUGCAACAUGUCAUACAAACGGUGCAACAAGUGCCCACGCAACAGACACAUGUCAAGCAGCAAACAAUACAAUUGAAUGCAAUACAACAGCAACACCAAACUGUGAAUGUAAUAACGCAGCAACAACAACAACAGCAACACCAUCAGCCACAAACGCAAGCAACCACACCGCAAACGGUGCACAUACAACAUGUGCAACGCAUACUGCCGGUGCAAGGUGCACAAGUGUCACAGCAGCAGCAUUCACAACCGACACUUACCGUGCCACAAUCGUUGCAAACAUCACCGAAACAAAUUAUCAUACAACAAACCAGCGCCGCAACACAAAUCAUACAACAACCACAGACGACCACAGUGACGCUGCAGCAAUUUCAACAACUACAACAGCAACAAAAAGCGUUGCUAGCCGUAUCGGCAGCGCCUACCAUGGCCACGGUCACAGAGAAUGUCGUCUUGCAAGCGGCAACACAGCCGGUGGUGCAAUCGAUGCAGCAACAACAGUCGUCGCAACAGCAGCAGCAUCAUCAACAAACAACGACCCAGCAAGCUUUAGUUGUGGGCAGCAGCGCGACUGCCAUAACCGCUAUUGCGCCAACGACAGUGAUGGUUCCUGCUGCAGGCGUAGUACAGACGGCGGUGGCAAGUGGUGUAACAGCGACAACUACAGCGCCCCAAACAACCACCUCCAUAGCUCUGAAAUCAGGGCCAGAUGUGAUGAUGACUUUAAAUCGUAUCAACACGCAGGAGCACGAAGAGGAAUGCCUUCCUGCUGAUGUGGUUAAACUGGAUUUCGCGAGCGAAGAGGUAACUGGAUGAAGUCUGGAGAAUGCGGCGGUUAGCGAUGGUGGUGUAGGCGGUGCCGAUAGCGUGGAAUGUGUGGCGGUCGAGGAUGAUGAUUAUUAUUUUUUCAAUGCAAAGAAUUAAACAUUUCUGCUUAGAAAAAAUUGAGUUUAUUAAAAUUUAAAAAUCAAAUUAGGUUUGCAAAACUUGAUUUAAAUAUAAUUUAAAUUGAAGAAUGGCAAAAGUAUUUGCUACAAAGUUGAUUGCGGCACCUUGUAGAAACUGAAACGCGAUUUUCAGUUUUUGAAUAUAUACACUUACAGUUUGAUAUAGAUUUAAAGUUAGUUUUCUUAUUGUAAAAUUAUUGAUUAUGUUGAUUAGUGAACGUUUCAGAAAACAAACAAACACGAACUCCAUAUAUCACGAGCUGUGCCAAGUUUAUAGAAAAUUUUAAUUCUCAAAAUAUUACUUAAUAUGCAUAACUCAUUUUCUUUUGCACCUUAGCUAAAUUCCAUUCUUGCACAUUUGUUCUUCAUGCUCUAUUUUUUUCAUCUUCCUCGACACAUCUAAACACCUUCGAGUAUUGUUAUCAUCUGUUCUUUUUUCUAACGUUCAUUGGCAACGGCAACUAUGCGUAUAAAAUGUACAAAUUGAACGAAAUAAAUAGGCUAAAUGAAGUGAAUGAAAGUCGUAAUACACUCACCACGUAUGUAAAAAAUUUAUAGGAGGUGAAAAAACGAAAACUUAAAAAUGGGAUUGUUGAAGGUACUACAUUUUAAACUAUUUUACUUAAAUUUAAAUUCAUUAAUUUUGUAUAAAACAAACAAUGAAUCAUUAAAACUGAUUAUGUUUAAAUAAAUCAAA